GGGCAGUGUUUCACUCGAAAUAUAUAAAGUUUUUAUUUAAUAAGGAAAAAAUAUAUGUGUACAGAAGAUCAUAAUAAUACACCAAUGGCCUAUCAAUCUGUCCGACAGGAGUACAUGCAAAUGCCUGUGGUGACACGAGCUUACACAACAGCUUGUGUCAUAACGACUCUUGCUGUGCAAUUAGAUUUGGUAUCUCCAUUUCGAUUGUACUUUAAUCCCACAUUGAUUAUUGAACAAUAUCAGCUAUGGAGAUUAAUAACGACAUUUUUAUUUUUUGGAAACAUGGGUUUCAAUUUUCUUUUCAAUAUAAUCUUUACUUAUCGGUAUUGUCGAAUGUUAGAAGAAGGGUCAUUUCGCAGAAGAACAGCUGAUUUUGUAAUGAUGUUCAUUUUUGGAGGCAUAUGUAUGAUUAUAUUUGCAUUUUUUGUUAAUUUGUUAUUCCUGGGCCAUGCAUUUACAAUUAUGUUAGUUUAUGUUUGGUCCCGGAGAAAUCCAUUUGUUAGACUAAACUUUUUUGGACUUUUAAAUUUUCAAGCACCAUAUUUACCUUGGGUGCUUCUUGGGUUUUCUAUAGUUCUUGGUAAUACGAUUUGGGUGGAUCUUGUUGGAAUGGCUGUGGGCCAUAUGUAUUACUUUGCAGAAGAUGUAUUUCCACGUUUAAGAGGAGGUUUUCGUGUUCUUAAAACACCACAAGUACUUAAGACUUUGUUUGAUGAACAUCCAGAAGAUCCAGAUUAUACUCCACCGCCUGAAGAUCGUCCUGGUGGAUUUAAUUGGGGCCAAGAAGCCAAUAUGCAAUGAUUUUAAAUUCAAGGUCCAGCUUCCAAAUCAUCUUUUACCAAUUGGCAUAUCAAGUAAACUUUUAUAUUGCUAUACAUGCAACAUUGUUCCUUAAUUUUCCCAGUUACUAACAAAAGUACUAAACAUUUGCAGCCUUGAUAUUACAGAAAAUGUAAUGAGAAACUUAUAACAAAAGUAAGACUUCCAA